GUCCCAUUUCCUCCUCUUGUUUUCGCUCCGGAUUCUCCAUGUUGGACCCAAACUGAGGAGCCCGGAGCUGCUGCCGGGGGAUCGGGGCCGGGGGCAAUCGGGGGAGCCACUGCCCGGGCCGCCCGCCCUCCGUACAGGCCGCGUCCCUUCCCGGCCCAGGGAGGGAACGAGAGCAGGGAUGUGAACAGCUGUGGGAGUCCGAGUCUCGGGAGCCGGAGCCGGAGCGGGCUCCCGCCCAGGCCCCCCAGCCCAGCCCAGCCUGCGCGCCCGCCGGUUCUCCCGCCCAGCCAGCCCGGGCCCGCGGGAUUGUUAGAUGGAACACGGCUCCAUCAUCACCCAGGCGCGGAGGGAAGACGCCCUGGUGCUCACCAAGCAAGGCCUGGUCUCCAAGUCCUCUCCUAAGAAACCUCGUGGACGGAACAUCUUCAAGGCCCUUUUCUGCUGUUUUUGCACCCAGAAUGUUGGCCAAUCCAGCUCCUCCACUGAGCUCUCCGCAUACAAGGAGGAAGCCAACACCAUUGCUAAGUCCGAUCUGCUCCAUUGUCUCCAGUACCAGUUUUAUCAGAUCCCAGGGACCUGCCUGCUCCCAGAGGUGACAAAGGAAGAUCAAGGAAGGAUCUGCGUGGUCAUCGACUUGGAUGAAACCCUUGUGCAUAGCUCCUUUAAGCCAAUCAACAAUGCCGACUUCAUAGUGCCUGUAGAGAUUGAGGGGACCACUCACCAGGUGUAUGUGCUCAAGAGGCCUUACGUGGACGAGUUCCUGAGGCGAAUGGGGGAGCUCUUCGAAUGUGUUCUCUUCACUGCCAGCCUGGCCAAGUAUGCCGACCCAGUGACAGACCUCCUGGACAGGUGUGGGGUGUUCCGGGCCCGCCUGUUCCGGGAGUCCUGCGUGUUCCACCAAGGCUGCUAUGUCAAGGACCUCAGCCGCCUGGGAAGGGACCUGAGGAAAACCCUCAUUCUGGACAACUCGCCUGCUUCUUACAUCUUCCACCCAGAGAACGCAGUGCCCGUGCAGUCUUGGUUUGAUGACAUGGCAGACACUGAGCUGCUGAACCUGAUCCCAAUCUUUGAGGAGUUGAGCGGAGCAGAGGAUGUCUACACCAGCCUCGGGCAACUGCGGGCCCCUUAGCCUUCCCUGCUUCCGAGCAAUGGCCCUCCCAGUAGGGGACUUGCCUACACUGUGCCUUUAUGAUCAGCCUGACAGAGCGGAAGCCGGAGCAUCUCACCCAGUGGGGCCUGGGAGUAGAAGUGGUUGGAAAGGGCUUUAGGACAGGAUAGAUGCCAAGCGAGCACAUCCCAGACCAACGGCGCCUAGAGCUGCCUGCUCCCUGAGUUGGGUUCCCAAAUGUGAGUGUGUGAGUGUGUGUGUGUGUGUGUGAGAGAGAGAGAGAGAGAGAGAGAGAGAGAGACUCCCCUUGAACCAUGGCCCCAGGAUAUAAGCCUUUCAGGUUGAGGGAGAAACUGAAAGAUGAAGACUCCCCAGGUUAGUCUGUCUCCUCUCCGGUCACCCUGGGAGCCACCGAGCUCGACAGAGAUGAAGACUAUUGAAGGCUUUGCUGCCAAACCCAACACCUUUUCUCAGUGUUGUAAGGCUCAUGUCAAGGAGAAAGGGAGAGUCCUAGGCUGCCUUCAGGAGCCCCCGACACACCUGUUCUGAAACCUUUCUCCAGCCAGCUGUCUGCACACAGAAAGACCAUGUUUCUGGAAAGAUGAAAGCUUGUUUCCAGAACCAGUAGCCCCCGUGGCCAUCACGUCCUGUGGUCCAAGGGCUGCUCUUGCCUCCAGCCAAGUGCCUGGCACGGGCCCUCUCUGGGUCUCCCCAAGGCUCAGGCUCCGGGCCUGCCUUCCUCACCACCUAGCCAUAGUCUUGAACCUAUGGGGAAGGAGGUCUUUUCCCUGCCCGGGAAGGGGAUAGAUAACUGAUUUCCGUUCUUUCGACUCUGUUUUAAACUUCUCUUUCUAAAAGUGGAGUGUUGGGCCUGUUUUGUUUCUGACCAAGCUGCAGCCCUGGGCCUGUGAUGAGUGUGGGAGGCUUUGGGGGUGCAGGGAGGAGGAAAACCCCCAAAACAGGAAUGUGUGUGUCGCCUUGGCUUGUAGGUCAGCCGAGAAUGGGACUGUGUCCCUCAAAGUCUGCACUUCAGGGCUUCUCUGCUGGUGCCGGGGCGGGGGUGUUUGUUCCAAAGUCCAGGAAGGGCGCUCCUGGCCCAGGACCUCCUAGUUCUUGGGUAGUACCGGCUCUUUCCCUCGCGUCUUCCCCACCCCCGGGGCCCAGCCUGUGCCUCUCUCCGUCUACUCCUGUCUUCCUCCCUUCUGGCUGUUGCUGCUUUUCCUCCAGGGCUACAGAGGCACUUCCGCUUUUCCUGGGCUGAGGGGAAUGGGUGUUCUCACCGUUUCAUUUGCCAACAUGAUGUACAUGCCUCUUGCCUCUGGAAACAGGUGUGAGUGAGCCCUUUCACACCUGUGCUUUGCCUCCCUCGCUUUCAGAGCUUCUCAAUAGUGAAUGCUUUUAAAAAAAAAAAAAGCCACAAAAUGGAAGUUUCCUGAAGAUUGAAAACAGAAGGGGAAAUGCUGCUGGCAUUGGGAGCACAAGGGGCUCCCCGCAAAAAGGGAGCCCCACCUCAGCAUUACUGCCUUAAUCAUGGCCUCACCUCCCUUCUCCCUGUAGGGCAGAAGGAAGUUCCUCUCCCCUCCCCAGCUCUGUGUUCCCUGGAGGCAUGUGUCACUGAGCGUUUGUGAGUUGCUCCAGGUGUGAGGACACCCCCCACUCAGGACUCCUCCUGUCCCCUUUUCGGUGUCCACCGGGGUCCAGCCUGCAGGCCUGAGCAGUUUUGAGCAAACCGGGCGGUAGAGCAGCAGCUUGGUGUUCUCAGUGGCGCUGGGCUGACAAGCGUCCUUUUCUGGCCUUGUGCUACCACCACUCUCCUUUCCCUAAGCUUGUUAGGCCUGGUCUUUCCCGUUGGUGUCACAGAAGUGGAACAGAGUCCCCAAAGCUCAUGGGGUCCUUUCUGCCAGUAUCCUCCCCCAGUUCCCCUGGGGAUCUACAGGUAGGGGAAGAAGGCUCCGGUGCUAGCCAGCAGGGGUACCUCCUGAGGGAAAAUGGGAGCUUCUGAUUCUAAGGCCCUGGCUAGGCCUCUGUCCUGAUACCGUGGGGUCUCUCUCCCAAGCCCCAGCCUAAGUGUUAGUGCCUGGGCCAAAUCUGCCAUUCAGGCCCAGCCAAGCUUUUCUGACUAAAUAAGCAAUAAGAGGCUCUAUGCUGAUCCAGUUCCUAGGACCCAUUCUUCCCUCCUCUGGGCCUCCAUGUUUCUCCAGGUGAAGGAGAGCCUGUGUCACCCCUUUUCCUAUCAGGCUUAUUCAGAUGCUCUGAGUGGGACUCGUGACCAGAGCCCAGGAUAGCUUAGUGGGGGGUGUCCCUACUGCUUCUGCGUGAGACCCCUGCCCUACAGGCCUGGUUCCCAUCAGAACCCUGCCCUGCCCACCUGCCAUUCCUCAACAGAAAUACUGUAUUCCCACAAUCCCCCUUCUCCUGCCAUCUGCAGAGAAGCAACUCAGCCAAAUAAGCCUGAACAGGGUCCGUCCAUGUGGACCAGAGCCAACCUGAAGUCAUUCGCUAUCUGGUUUCCAGUUCCAUCGUGGGUUAGGGGCAGUGACGGUUGCAAAAUUUGCUCUUUAGAGGAAUCAGGCCAGACUCCAUUUUGGAGGAGGGCAAGGUCAGGAGGGAGCCCGUUCAGCCCCGGAUGUGUUCUGGGGCUUCCCAUCAACCCUUGUGUUUGAGGCUGUCUUCAGGAGGCAGUCGACCACUGUGCCUGGUCAGCCCCGGUCCAAGCCAUGCCAGGAAUCUGCCCAACUGCCAGGUUCAGUUCUUUAAGGUGCCUCUUCAGGGACACCAUGUGUCUCUCUGAUUGGGCUUCUAAAUCAAAAGCCUGAUGUUCGUGUCCCUCUCAUAGGGGGAGCUUUGAACACAGGACCAGUCUGGAAAUGGUCAAGGUAAGAGUUGCCCUCUGCACAUUGUAGAGGGGACGCUCUGUAGGCCCAUGGGUCCUUUACUGUAGAGAGGUUGAGUACAUUUGCCUUCACUUAACCCGGGAUCUUCUGUUUAGUUCCCUCCUGCCUCCCAAAGGUUUUGACCAUUUUGUAAGUGCAUAAAUUCACCUCUAUAAAAAGUGGCCCAGAAGCAUCUCUGUGCUAAAAGCAUGGGAAGUGUGUAAAGGCAGUCAUUCCCUGGGAAAUGGAUCCCAUUUAAAUCUGCUCCCCCUGCCCUGUUCCUGAGGCCACCUUCAGUAGGGCCGCCCCUGCAGAAGGCUGUCCUCCAUCCCAUUCCCAGCCCGGCCAAGUGUCUGUGGAAGGGAAGGCCAUUUUCCCCUUCAGGUCUUCGAUCGGUUACCACUAUUAUUCCUCAGUCACUUUUUGUAAAUGGAGUUUGUUUUAUCUUUUUUAAAAUGCCAAUAAAUAUUUGCAUUCAAGCAGGGGAAGGAAGGCAGAGGUCUGAACCCCACUGUCCCAUGCCCUGCUGUAGGGCUCGCCCCUGGAGCAGACCUUCUUUGGGCCCCAUGAGCUUCGCUUAUAGUACCCCCAAGUGUGACACAUUCCAUGUCAUGCCACUUUCCCCCUCAAGGUGCCAUUUGGGCAUCUGCUUCCCACUGUGACUGGGCUAUGGGACUCUGACUACCUUGCUUACAGAUUCAUGGUUUGAUAAAUUUGUUGUAUUCAAAAACUUGAAAUGUAGGACGCCAUUAAGUGUCUGUUUAUAUUUUUGGAAUAUUUGUAUUACUUACCAUUAAUUAAUAAAAGCGGGUUUAAAAAACCCAUCCAGGAAUGGGA